UGAAUAAGCACCUUAACGGCUCUAACACCUUUUGUUCUGUUUCACACCUCUGAGGGCACAUCUCCUGUACUUGCCAUGGCUGAGUCUGCACAAAACAAUGGUAAUGGCCCUGCACUGAGGCCAACAACAGAAAGACAUGGAACAGAACCUCCAAAUGUUACUAUUGAUAAAAUGAUGGAAAAUCUGAAUGAAUAUUUGGACAAAAGGCUGGGACUAAGGAAGUGCCAGGGUGACAUCUGCCAGAAGUACAACAUUAGGCACUCAGAGGAUGGACAAUGGGCCUUGCCAGACAUUAAAAGGGCUUAUGGAAAGAUGCAGCGCUCAAGAGCAAACACAAACAGAGAUGGCUUGUCUGUAAUUUUGGUCAAACAAAUUCAACAGCAUCUACAGAAGUGUGAGACUGACAAAUUACUACGCGAGAACAAAGCAGAGAAAGCAAAGGUUCAAGCACUGGCUGAACAAUUGCAGAAUGAAAAGAAAGACAAAGAAAGACUACUAAAUGAGAAGACCAAGUUGUUACAUUUGUUUUCCAAACGAUUGGAAUUAAAAGACUGUUCUGGAAAAAAGAGUCAUUCCAUAAGAUCUAGCAGCAAAGCAGAACAAGAGUUUCUCUAUCCAUUCAGUGAUCUCCAGAAGAAUGAGGAUCAACAAGACCUUUAUCUGCUUAGAGAAAGUGACAACAGUUCCACAGUGAACUUUGACAGCGAUGUAAACACACAUGAUGAUAUCAUAAAGGACAACUUGAAGGUUAGGCUUGCUCCUGUAAUUGUCAAAAACAGAAGAACUGAAGUUGAAAUUGACAAUGAGGAGGAGUAUGAGGAAAAAGGUGAAUGACGAACUCGAACUGUCACAAAAGUGGUAAAGAAAUAUGUUCCACACAGAACAUACCAGCCAGCUACUCCAGAGCAAGUUGACAAAUGGUCAAAAGAUUUGCCAGAUGUGUACAAACAACCACGGAAAGCUUGGCAAUUUCUUCAGCAUUUGCAGAAAAUCUACAAUUUGCACCCACUAGACGGAGUGAUGAUUGUUAAUGUGAACUGAAGGGACAAUGACCAAAAGAGAUUAACAGAAAAUGUUGAAAGAAGGACUGGUGAGUCUCAAGCGAACAUUGAGGCUGGAUGGGAAGCUGUACGAACAUUCUUGUUUGAACUGAAACCUGCAGAGGUUAAUUGGGCUAAAAUUACCUCAUGCAUGCAGAAGACAGGAGAAAGUGUUGCUGAGUAUGAAGAACGCUUCAUACAAAUUUGGUUGGAAUAUGCUGGUGUGAACAACAAUGAAGAUCUCAGUAAAGAUACCGGCAUGCCUCUUAAAACCGCAUUUGUAAAGGGACUGAAACCUGAGAUUUCUAAAGCCCUUAAAAUCAGGUAUGACGACUGGGACAGCAUUGGAACAGCAUUCAUGCAGAUUGUUGAAUGGUCAGCAAAAAUUGAGAGAACACAGGAAGUCAAUCUCAGAGCUUUGCAAACCAAAACCUUGUCAUUCAACAACAGGACAACGGGGUAUGAAGAACGUGAAUAUGUGAGAUACCCAAAAGCAAAAGCUCAAGGAAGAUGCAGGUACUGCAACGAAGAAGGACACUGGGUUCGUGAUUGCAAGUUGAUUUUAACACAUCAAAGUGAUGAUGAGGAAAACUUGUUGAAGAGGUUUCAGCAGCUGACAGACAAGCAAAAGCAGACUCUGCUGAAAGCUUUUGAGCCGCAGGAAAACUGAAGAACCUCUCUCUGCAGCACCAACUAGUGACAUCUCAUCCAACAACUGAUGUACUCCAUGUGUAUGCAAAUAAGACAAAUGAAGACCCCAUCCCAAAGGUGAAAGCAUAC